CCAUAGGCUAUACUGACCAUCUCCGAUACUCUGAUUCAGAACAGCACUCUUGAGAUUGGAAGAGAAACUACAUGUUUUAAUCAGCGUUUUAAAUGGCGUGGAUUUUAAUCUAAUGACAUAAUACAUUACUCAGUAAUUACUCAGUGCUGCCACAGCGGGAGGUGAUUUCCAGGGGUCACGUUAAAAGAUAAACCCUCGACGAGCUCACAGGUGCAGGAAAAAGCGAAAGGAACUGAGCAGCUGAAGGUUUCAGGUGACCGGAGUUCUUACCUGGCGGAGAAACAACGACGAAAGCCGGUAUUCAUGCCUACAGGCAGAAUGGCAGAUAAUGGAAGAGGAGAGGCAGAUGGAGCCUAUGAUAACAAUGAAAUUCCACCAUGGGAUGAGGAACCACACACGAUGGAAACCAUGGAAAACAGCAGAUCACAGAUAAAUGUCAAAGAGAAGAAACACGGAGUUAUUGUGUCGUUUAGAGGAAGCAUGAGACGAGUUGGAGAAAAAAGCCCUCUUUCCCUGAAACGCAAAGGCUCAAAGAACAAAACAGAGACAGGGAACAUCUCAGACACUCGGGUGCAUCCUCCACCAAGUGAUCUGCUCCAGAGCCCAAAGAACCAGAAAUCUCAGCCCUCACAUUCAAGAACUCAGUCAGAUUCAGUGGUUCAUUUAGGAGGUGAACUGCCUAAGAAGCGUGAACCUGGAAGAUGGAGUUUCCGUAUGGGGAGUAAAAAAGAGAAAACAGCACCCCCAACACCCAAGAAGGAGCAGCUGGAGGUAGUCACAGAGAUUUUGAUCUCAGGAGAGGUGAGGACACCAGAGGUUACAGCAGGAGCAUUGGAGGAGAAAUGGGCAUACACACUACCAGAAAUACCUCUAGCUCCUCUGUCAGUAAUGCAGAUUUACAAGCUCAUUGAGAUGGAAGUUUUGGAAGAAGCCUAUCUGAACCUGCUAUCCCUACGGUUAGAGUUUCAGCAUGAUCAGAAAGCUCUAGGUGAGGAGGCCUCGUCAGUGGAACUGUCCCAUAAAGAGAAAGACUUGAAUCUGCUGUACAGGGCCCUGUGGAACAAACUGACUGAUAUCGUCCGACAGUCUUGUGCGUUGCCCUCGCGCAACAAAGAGCUGCUUGUGCUCGUCGCCUGUAUCAUCGAGGAGGAGGAAAAAAGAGAAGGAGAUCUGGGGGGGAUGGUGGGAUGGAGAAAAGCAUGGAGGGAGGCAGUACAGGAAGGGUUAAAGGACACACUUAAGGGGGUUCACCUGGACAGCCAUGAGCAAAGCACUUCCUGGUUGGCGGUGCACUUGGGACUUCUGGGUAAAGCAAUUGUGGAGGACUUGGAGAAAGUGAAGAUAGAGCUUGUUAGCUCAUACCCACCAAGCUUUAACGUGUUUGAAACCUAUGUAUCAUCUUGCCAUGAGGUUGUAGGAGAACACUUGAAGGGGCUUCUGGGGAAAGUGACAGAGACAAAGGACUACCAUGCUCUUCUGGAUUUCAUUAUUCACCGCUACCAGAGUGAGAAGGUUAUGGGGAGCAUUUCUUUGCAACCAGAACUGAAAGAAGAGCAGAGAACUCUGACACUGGAUGGGGAUUUCCUAGACCAGAUCAAGACUGGAUACUGCAGUCGAAUGCAGGCAGAUGUGAGGUCAUCCCUGGAUAAGGUUAUUGAACUGGAACAUGAGGAGAUGUGGAAAGACAGCAGAAAACCAGAUAUUGAUGAAGACCUCUACAACUCUCACAUCCACAUGGACAUCUGGACGAAUAUAAAGGGGAAAUUUCAGGCAGCGAGAGGGCUUGAUGUGAACCUGGAGCAGAAAGUCAUGUGCACUUGUCUUGACGAGCUGAACAAGUUUCCAAGACGGUUUGAGUCAGCCUUUGUUGAGUGGAGCAGUGCUGUUUUGGAUUCCCCCCUGUGGGCUAUUUAUCACGUCACUUACAUCAACAGCUUCAGCGCACUGAAAGAGCACAUGGAGGGCUACAGUGAGAGCUGUCCACAGCAAGUGGAACAGCUGGGCAAAGAAGUAGAUGGAUUGAUCCACCGCCUGAGCCAGGCUUUGGUGGAACAUUUCAAAACUGACGUUAAACCCUUUCUGAGGAGGAUGAUGACAAGGAAGUGGCUAUCAUCUGAUGAAGACUUCCAACAACUAGCUAAGAGGGUUGAAACUCUGUCUCAACAGUGCAAACACAUGAGUCCUCAACAUGCACAGGAGCUUGUGAGUGAGGUGCAUUACUUUGUGGUGAAGGAGUACAUCUCGCAGCUGAUGAAGAACAACUACUCAUGCAAAAACAGGAAGAAUGAAAGAGCAGCCUCUAAAAUGAGCGAGCAGUGGGGUGAACUCCGAGAGCUCUUCCAGGAAAUGAAUUCUGAAGAGAACUGGCUCUACCCAGUGGGAGACCACCUGAGCAAGAUCGUCGGACAGAAAACUAAGAGUGAAAUAAAGAAUAAUCUGAAGCCACUGAUUGAUGACUAUCCAGACAUCGGUAAGAAGCACCUCUCAGCUGUGCUGUACUUCCGUGGAAUGAUCCGGGGCAGAGAGAGGCAAGUGAUCCUGCAGAAGCUUACCGAGCUGAAAAGGCUCCACAGCAAUGCUGGGAACAUGCAGCAUGCUUUCUUCACUGAGAUACAGCCUGCAGUGAACACAGACUGUCUUGCCAACAUGCCUUUCUCCUGCUUCUCUGUCCUAAUCCCAGAGAGCUAAUCAUAGAAACUGCUGGGAAUAAUGAGUUGUUCUGUAUGCUCCACACUCUGUCUCAUGGGCUCUUAACUAGACACAUGAUGGUAUUACUUUUGUGUAAGUUAAAUUUUACAGAUGUUCAAAUCUUAAGUCUGAUUAUUUAUGAAAAACAGUGUAAUUUGAUUAUGUUACUAAUAAGCUAUAAGAAUUAUUGAGCUAUUAUUAAUAAGCCUUAGGAGGAAAUUCUGGAGCAAGGACAUUGUGACUGGUAUCAGACUGAUUUUUGUUGAAGUUUCCAGUGGAGAGCACCUACUGUAAGUGUGUUUCACAGGCAACUGCAACAAGAGUAUCAGAGCUAGAAUCUCACCUGCAGUGAUUUUAGGGCACCAAAGUGGCCCCAUUUUCAAGAGGAAGGAAGAGGUUAGAUGUAAAGUGUGCUUCCUUCCUGUCAGUGUGAGAACCAACACUGAAGCAAACAGAAUUCUUAUAAGCUUAAACCACUAUUUUAUGAGGAUUUUAACCAAGAAACCCCUUUGCUAGGGCCACUCCAGAAUAGUUUAACAUGUUGUUUGAUUCUAGCUGAAAUUAGUUGAUUAUUAAAAGCUUUAUUUAUGCAGACAUUUAGUACUUGUGUAUAAAAUAAUGUAAAUAAAUGUAAAAGGACAUUUAGAGUUCUUAAAUUAAGUCAUUGCUUGUUGACCCUUUCAUUCAAAGAGCAUGUCUGUAACUUCUGAGUGUUUUAGAAAAUUCUGUGGUUGCUUUGCUGCUUUAAAAUCCUUGACUGUAGCUUCAUCUACACAAAUAACAUUACUGAAAGUUAAGGUAAACUGUAAGAAGAAUUUGAUGAUAAUGAUGAUAAUCAUUAUUUAGCUCCUGUGUCUGUUAAAAAAUGUGAUAUAUUUCAGAUGUAUCUGCCUUUAAAGUCACCUGACAACCACAAUUAAGGAAAAAGAGAACAACAAAAGAGCCAUAUCACAGCAUUAUGCCACACAAAGAGAAACACAGGAAGGAAAGGGACAAGGACAAAAGGAAAGGGAGAGACGAGUUAAGGGAGGGCCUGCAUGAAAACAGCGGUUGCCAGUUUUACAGGUAGUAUAUCUGUCUGGAUUUAAAGGCAGCGCAGACGGGAAUCAACGGACAUCCUGAGGUUUAGAUGCAGCACUUUGAUAAUGACAACCACCAAUGUUGAUCUCCACUCCUGCUGUACUUGAUUACAGUAAGAGAAGACGGUGGACACAGACAUAUUUUAGCAUCCAUAGGCUUCCAGUAUUCUGUAUCCAUACAGGAUUUUCUGCAGUAUCUUCUGUGAAGUUUAUAUAUUUAUAUUAUAAACCAAUUGCUGAUGUAGCUGUACAAAUUAUAGCUGUAUAUUUUCAUUGCUGUAGCCAUAGAGUGAAGUAGCUAUGAAGUGGUUAGAACACAAGACUUUGUUUUAAAAUGUAUUUCAUUAAAUAUUGAGUAUGUUUUUUCAUGUCUUCAUAUAUACAAGUCAUGGAAUAUAUUUAGUGGCAACAGCCCUCUCGUAUAUCAUACAGAGUAAAACGUGUGGUGGGGGUCAGAGCACCUGGAGGUGUGUUCCACAUCUAACACAAACUUGAUUAAAGCAGUUAUAGAUUUACACAAUUACAUGUAAAUUAGACAAUCUACAUAUACGUUCAACGUUUAUUCGUCAUUAAAAAUCAAAGCUAUUAUGAUGCACAUUAAUUGGUUCAGAAACAUAAAUGAACAGUGUCAUUGGUGAGAUUUAGUCAGCUUUAGUCACUUGUGUGCAUUCUAAAGAUCAGCAAGAGUCACUCUUUCCAAAUGGUAUCCAAAUAUAUUCUAAAACAAAGCCAUGUGGAGUAACCACUACAUAACUUUUUCAGUCUAUGCCUAUGAUGAUGACAUAACAGCUCUAAACUAAUUUGUACAGCUAUAUCAGCAGGUAUAUAGCAGCAAGAUAUAUCAGUUACAGCAGGAGUGGAGAUCUACAUUGGUUGUGAGUCAUUUUCAAAGUGCUGCAUCCAAACCUCAGGAUGUUCACAUUUGUAGACAGAUAUGCUACCUGUAAAUCUGGUGACCGUUGUUUCCAUGCAGGCCCUCCCUUAACUUGUCUUUCCUUUGCAUAUAACAUUUUUCAACAGACAAGGAAUGAUGAAACCUGAGGUCAGCCACCCAAGAUUAGCACAAAGAAAUAAACAGUAAUUAUCCCAUUUCCGCAGAAUAUGCUGUUAUAGUACAAACAAAGUUGAAAUGAUAAAAUAAGAUUUCCUUUUUGUCUCCCUUUUCUGAUUAUUCCUGUCUGUGUUUACGUCUCCAUGUAUUACUCAAAUCAUGUCUUUAUCUCCAAAUUAGACCAAGUCUUUAACUCUGAUGUUUUACAGCAAUCUAUACACUUUCUUUAUAAUCCCUCCUCAUAUUACAAUUGCAGAUGGUGUGCCACUCCAUUGACCUUGAUGCCAAGUUAAGGAUUGCAGGUUUUCAUUUUGUUCAUGUCAGUAAAGAGGCUUUUUACCCCUUAAAUGGCAGCUUUAUUAUACACUUCUAUAAGCUAAGAGUAGAUCAGCCAGUUUGUACUGAAGUCCUUGUAGUUACUGAAUAAUAAAGCCUAAUACAUAAUAAACCUGGAAUUUUAAGGGGUGAAAAUCAAUCCAUGUCUUGUCUUUCCUUCCUUACAAUCCUCAGUUGAUUACACUUACUGAUUUGCCACCAUAUAAGAUCACACUAAAGCAGCAACAGAGCCCUGCGCUGAGCACGACAGUCCAGAGAGGAACGAACACCAUCAUAGGUUUCCAUUAAAUGUUUUUUCUUUUAAUCUACAAUUUUGUGGUCUUAGCUCUAAAAUUCAGGAAGAGUAACAUGUUUCAACACUGUCAGGAAAAGGGCACUUUACAGGCACCUUUCAGUCCCUCAAGGUACAAACAAUUUGUCCCCCUAAAAUAACAAAAUUAUAUGUACGGCCCAAUUGUGUACCAUAAAGGUGCUCUACAUUUACUAUCCCAGUGGAAAGGUACAUAUGUAAUGAAAAAGGGAUAAAGGAAGAAUAGAGGUGUGAAAAGAGCUUUGCUUUGUACAAUAGAAGAGGUCUGUUAUUUAAACUGUACAGACACAUUCUCUAAUUUGGUAGCUUCAAUCAAUAACUAAAGACUGGAAUAGUAUAAACGAUCCAGGGUGCAUUUUGACCCCUUUCUUUAAUUAUAUUCAUAUUCUAUACAUUCAGAAUAUAUCUGGUGGGAACAGCCGUUUCACAUGUCCACACAAACUGACGAACCAUAAAUAGUAAUCACACCAUUCGGACAAUAUACAUAGUGAAAAGUGAAAAUUUAAUUGAAUAUUUCCUCUUUUUAAUGUCUUCCUAUAUUCAAGUCAUUCUCAUAUUGCACAAGCUCUUUUUUAUCUGCUACAGACUUAGGCUGUCUGUGGAAUCCCCCCCAUUAUGAAAUGUGUGUUUGUGUGUGUGUGUGAUAUGAGUCUCCAGCUCUCUUCAUUGUCCCUGAAGUAUUGAAAUAUCAGCGAAUGUUAGACUUGAUGAUGCUGUACUGUGUGGAUUUGUAGUGUGUGUUUUCAGUUACUUUCAAAGACGUCUUAAACACAUUAAUAUUUUUUAAAAGGGACCGUGUCUUAUAGCUUAUUGUCAGAUCUGUUUCCUUUCAAUAAAAGUUUCAGAGGACAGGAA